AUGGACAGAGACAACAGAAACGAAAAGAGCAUGCUUGACAAAAGAGGGUAUAAGCGAAGCCAGGAUAUGGGCCCUGGGCGCACUGUUCUUCCUUUGAACGAGUAUGUGGGGGACCGGGAAAUAAGCUCCCGUCUGUCAAUUAGAAAUGUUACGCUCGUUGAUCCAGCCGGGCCAACUGACUCUGGGUACGCCAAGCUGCGCCAGUGGGUGGACGACUCUCUGGACUCCUUUAAAAAUGACCUGAACAACCUUUUGUUCCCUGUUUUCAUCCACCUGUACUUAGAUAUGAUAUCCAUGCGAAGGGAAAAUGAGGCGCUUACACUUAUGAACCAGUAUAAAGAAGACUUUCUAGAAGUGCAUGCAAGCGAGAUUCGCCAGAUUGAGAUGGUGCGGGAUAUCUCUAACCUCAAAGAAAACCAGUUUGCAAUGGCCUUUAUUUCAAACAAGUACCAUCUGACAAUGGGAAAGUAUGCCUUUGACCUUUUGAUUGACUUCCUGGAGCUUAAUGGAAUGCUAAAGAUAGGAAAGAUUGUAAACCAGUAUCUUAACAUAAAGGUGUUCACAGGAAAGAUGAGCGAGGACAUUAUGGACAUUGGUCUUGUGGGAGUUGCAGACUUUGACUUCAACAAAAAGCCCAUUACAAGUGGAGUGCACUACAUUUCGCCAAAGGUGGAGGAGCUUGUUUUGACUGAGGAGCAGUACAAGUAUGAGUAUCUUGACCAGUUCUUGGGGAUUCUGAAGAAAAAGAAAAUGGAGAACAUCCCGCCCAACUAUGAAAGAAUUCCUCUCCCCAGCCCUUCUGCUUCUCACAUUUCAUCGGAAAUAGACAAGCUGAGAGAUCUUGCAAAGCGAAUGAAUGUAGGAAAGCACCAGAUGCCAAGUAUUUGCUGCUAUACUGUACAUAACACAUUUGAAACCCUUUGCUGCUCAGACUACUCGCCAGACCUAAAGUUGGUUGCUCUUGGAUACACAGACUCGUAUAUUGAAAUACACUCGCUGACAGACGAAAAUCUUCUAAAGCUGAAGCAGAGUAUCUAUCUCAAGGCGCCCGAGAUGCGAACCGGAAAGGCUGACGAUGCGCGGGAUGAUGUGGGGAAGGUGGUGCGGCUUGUUGGGCAUUCGGGCCCUGUCUAUGCUGUGAAGUUCUUUGCAAGCAAGCGGUUUUUGCUUUCUGCCUCGCAGGACAGCACAAUUCGUAUGUGGUCUUUGGACACAUACUCUGAAAUCGCUGUGUAUCAGGGGCACUUCUUCCCUGUAUGGUGCAUCGACAUUGCGUCAAACGACUACUACUUUGCAUCGGGCUCCAGCGACCGGACCGCUUGUGUUUGGAGCGUGGAAAGCGCAAAGCCAGUCCGUCUGUUUGCCUCUUCGCUUAGCGAUGUGAUGUGUGUGAAGUUCCAUCCGAACUCAAACUAUCUUUUCACAGGCAGCUGCGAUUUUAAGAUCCGAAUGCAUGAUCUGCAGGAUGGAGAGCUGGUUCGUCUUUUUGUUGACCAUAAAGACGCAGUGACCUGCCUAGAUGUCUCUGCAUGCGGAAAGCAUCUUUUGUCUGGCGGAAAGGACAAGACAGUUAUUCUCUGGGAUAUUGCAACAGGGAAGAAGAUCUUCAAGUACUCUGGGCACGAAGGGUUUAUAUACUCAGUGAGCUUUUCAUACUUCUCGUCGCUUAUUGUCUCGUCCUCAAGCGACAACACGGUGCGCUUGUGGGAUAAAUACAAAGGCGAUUUAGUUGCAACAUACUACACAAAAUCAACUCCCAUUAUUAAUGCAGUCUUUGGGUAUAGAAAUAUCAUAUCCUGCAUAGGAGCGUACACACCAAAGAAGCAAUAA